CCAUGCCGGCAGUCCGCAACGUCCCGCGUCCAAAGCCAGUCGUCCAAACCCGCGCUACGGGCGUGAGAAUGCGUGAUGCAGCAGUACAGUAUUUGUUUCCACAGCACACGGCAAUUGAUUAAUUAACUAAAACUCAUAAUCGCGCCACUUUCGGGUCACAGGGACGCGGGCCCCGUCGUCCCCCAUCCGUUUCCUCCUCCGCCUCGCCUCCUCUCUACCCAGCCCCAGCCUCUCCCGGUCUCCCCUCCUCUCCUCUCCUCUCCUCUCCUCCUCUUCCUCUGCUUCUCUCCCCGAUCUCUAUUUCCCAUUUCCGGGCGGCUCCCGUUCUCCACCUCAAUUAUUGCCCACCCAUCCCCGCUCCCUCCUCUCCUCUCCUCCCGUCCCACCCAUCACCUCGCACCAGCGCCGGGGGAAUGGCGGCCGCGCUGUGGACGCUGCUAGUGGCGGUGGCCCUGUCGGCGGCGCUGGCCUCGAACCGCCCCGUGGCGGCGACGGCGACGGCGGCGGCGGAGGCGGCGAACGAGGUGCUCCGCGCGCACCAGCUGCCGGGGGGCCUGCUGCCGGCGGGGAUCACGGCGUUCCGGCACGACGCCGCCACGGGGGCGUUCGAGGCCCGGCUGGACGCGCCCUGCACGGCGCGCUUCGAGGUCGGCCUCCGCUACAACGCCACCGUCUCCGGGGUCAUCAGCCCCGGCCAGAUCGCCGACAUCUCCGGCGUCGCCGCGCAGGACCUCUUCAUGUGGUUCCCCGUCCACGACAUCAAGGUCGACAUCCCCUCCUCCGGCGUCAUCUACUUCAACGUCGGCGUCGUCAAGAAGCACCUCCCGCUCGCCGUCUUCGACGCGCCGCCGGCCUGCACGCCCGACCCGCUCCUGCAGCGGCUGGAGGACGUGGGCGAGGGCGGAUUGGCCGUGGUGGGCGCCGCGGCGUCCCGGCGAUGAUGGGUGGAGGAGAACGGAGGAGGGUUCGACGGCGCCGGCGAGCCAGGAUCACGAGCGCAGUUUUGAGAGGAGAACGGGCGAUCGCCGGCCUUCUUCGAUGCACAUAGAUAGCGUGGGCAUUUCCAUCUGUUUUCUUUUUUCUGCUUCCUACUAGUGGCUACACUAGUAACCAACCUCGUCUAUCAUUGUUCGUUU